CAGCUGAGGAGCCAGGCCCACAGCAGCCGAGGGAGGUUCCGGAACUGGAGGUGAAAGACCUUCCUGCCGGGAGCUUUCCGGACCCAAUUAGGCGCUGCACCGUUUGGUUACCCUGGUAACAGGUGUCGCGGUUGGUAAAGAAACCGAGAGAAGAGGUCUUUCCACAGACUUCAGAGGCCUGGUCACCUCAAUCAUGGAACCAACUUCAAAGGGUCUGCUCACCCAAGUUACUCAGUUCUGGAACCUGUUAGAUGAUCUUGCUGAAAGUAACCCUGAGAGCUAUGAGAAGUUCAUUCAACAGCAGCUGAAAGAGGGCAAACAGCUCUGUGCUGCCCCAGAACCACAGCUCUGUCUUCAAACAAGAAUUCUGAAACCUAAAGAAAAAUUACUUUUUAUCAACCUAUGUCAGUGGAAAAGGAUUCCAGCUCCCCAAUCAACCACUCAUCCAGUACCUCUAAGUGUUGGCAGACCAGAAGAUAUGUCUGAAACAUCAGAUGUUUACACAGUCAUUGAUGUUGCCUACAAUCCUGAUGUUCUCCAGGCAGCAGAAAAGGACCCAGUGAAAAAAGAUCAAUUAAUACGAAUGGCCAUGGAAUGCAUUGAGGAACAACUCCAGUUCACUCUCUCACACUUUUACCAUAUUACCAAAUUUAAAAUAAAGGGAAGCAUUCAAAGGAUGAAACAAAAUCUGAUGAGAAUCCAUACUGACCCCACAGAUUUAAGAGAGAAAAUGAGAAAGGAACUUACCCUUGAACAGAUAAGAAGCAGUACUGUGAGCAAUCCAGAUCACUUCCCUGAACUUUUACUGCCAAAAGACCAAGUUUCAAGCAAAAAAGGGUCUCUGAUAGAAGAGAUUUCCAGUACAGAGACCCAAGUGGAGAUGAAGAGACCAGCAUAUGAAUUAAAAAUUGUGAUGGAUCAGCAAGAGAAACCACUGAAAAUUGAAUUAAAAGUUGAAUUACCUGGUAUUAAUUCAGUAUCUCUCUGUGACCUCAGUGUUUCAGAGGAUGAUUUACUGAUUGAGGCCUCUGAGAAAUACAGAUUACAUCUGAAUCUUCCAGAAUCUGUGGAUACUGAAAUGACUACAGCAAAAUUUAUCAAAGAGAAAGCUACACUGAUGGUCACAAUGCCACUGGCAGAAGGGAGAUAGAAACAUC